AUGUCAGAGCAGUACGUGUACGCGGCGGUGCAAAGCACGCAGCUGCGCGUCGUAGAAGAAACAGAAGAAGCUCUUCGGAAAUCCGACAAGAUGCACGCCAAAUCUGCCGCGAAGCAUUUGGCGGAUUAUCAGAGCAAGCUGCAGCGCAACAUCACCGAAGAAUGGUGGGCCUUGGCAGACAUGCUGGUAGUCAGAUACAACGACAUGUUCUACAACUACCCUCCGGAAACACCUCACCAGGUCUCUGACAUUGGGUAUCCAGCCUUCUGGCUGGAGAUGAUUGGCUUUAACCAGGAAUUCUACAGGCCUCACUGGGUGUUGCCCUCCCUGAUGCCGCCGUCACUUCUCCCUCAGGUGAUCAAGGACCAGCUGAGCAACCUAGCUCCGGUCCUCAAGUGGGGA